CCGCACUAGUGACUGCCCGCCGCCAUAUUGAAGAUAACUUGGCGCUAUUCUAUUCGCACGUCGCAUAAUUUGCGAGUAAUGUUAUUUUUGUUGUGUAAUUGUGCGAUAUUGUGUUAAAUUGUGUAAGAUUGACUAAUUUAAGUGAAAUAGAAAAGUACUGUUCUAACCAUGGAUCCCGCUAAAAUGAAAGUGGUCGAUCUACGAUCGGAGCUUGGUGCCCUAGGAUUAGAUACUAAGGGCAACAAGCCGGCAUUAGUGGAAAGAUUAAAAAAGGCGCUUGAAGCAAAAUCUGGAAAAAGCCUACCCGACACAUCGAUUCUAGAAACCUCAACAGAGGAUGCAGAUGAACCUGCUACUCCACGGAAACCAGCUCCGAGAACUACAAGAAGAACCUCAUCAUCAAGACUUGCUGCUACUCCUCUUAAGAUAGCAAGAGAGGAACCAUCAGAACCCAUCCAAGAAAAAGAGGAAGAAAUUAAAGAACCAGAGAAAGUACCAUCUCCUGUCAAACAACCAGAAGUUGAAGAAGAGCCCCCCAAACCAAUAGAGAAACCAAAAGAAGCCGAAGAGAGUCAAAGUCCCGAUGAAGAAAUGGAAGACAGUCAAGAUGAUAAGAGUCAAUCAUCAGUAAAAGAAGAAGAAAAUGUGCAAGCACCAGAACAACCAAUGGAAGUUGACCAGAAGCCAAAUGAUAAUGUUGAAGAGGUAAAAGAAAAAGAAAAUGAACAGGAACUGGAACCGGAACCGGAAAAGGAAGGAGAAAAUGAAAAAGAAGAAGAAAAGGAAGAGGAGCAGAAACAGGAACAGGAAAAGGAAAAAGAAGAAGAUAAAAAAGAUGGAGAAGAUGAGAAAUCAGAGAAGAUGGAACAAGAUGAUGAUGGUGAAAAGGAUAAGGAAAAUUGUGAUGAGGAACAAAGGGAGGAGAGGCCACGAGAAUUGACAGAAGAAGAAGAGUGGGAAAUAUUGAAUGAAAAGCUCCGUAUCAAGGAACAAGAGAGGAUUGAACGGGAAAAGCGGCAGGCUGAGGAGGAUGCCAAGUUGCUUGAAGAAUUGAGCAAGAAUCCAAUAAAGCUGCAGCGUUUAAAACGCAAGCAAGAAAAGAAAGCGAGAUGGAGUAACUACUAUAGAACUAUUGAGGCGACCAAUGAGAUACUGACACCACCUCCUGAGCCCAUGGCCCUGUUACCAAAGAAGGACAAUGUGGAACAAAAGCCAGUCGAACCUGAAUUGAAUGACAACAAAGUGACACUUUCCUGGUACGACAGCGACCUGAACCAGUACCUGGAGCUGCCGGAGCUGAGCAGCGCGGUGGCGCUGAGCGAGGGCGCCUUCUCGCACGCGUGGGCCGGCGCGCGCGCCACGCACGGCGCGCUGCACCAGCGGAUCUGCUUCGAGGUACGAGUGGGUUCCAUUAUUACAACCAACGAGGCAGCUGAGAAAGAAACUGUACUAAAUGGUCUAAGAAUCGGCUGGUCUACUGACGAUUCCACAUUACAUCUUGGUGAAGGCGAAUUUAGUUUCGGGUACGAGAGCACCGGACGUGCUGUGAACAAUGGAGAGUUCAAAGAGUAUGGCAAGGAGUUCCAAGAGAAGGAUGUUAUCGGAGCUUAUUUGGAUCUCCAAUCGAGCCCGUGCAAGAUAUUCUACACGUUGAACGGCGUGGAGCUGGGCACCGCGUUCGAGUUCGACAAGGCGCAGCUCGGCGAGCGCGCCCUGUUCCCGCACGUGCUCACCAAGAACAUGUGCUAUAAAGUUAAUAUGGGAUAUGAGAAGUACACUCUGUUGACGAGAACGAAAAUCGUGCGUAAGCGCAUCGAAGUGCCGAUCGAGCAGGUGUUAGAAGAGAAGCGUAAACGCGAGGAGGAGAUCAAGAAGAGAAAGGAAGAGAUGGUCCGAAAGAGACAGGAGAGACAAAAGAAAAAGAGAGAGGAGAGAGAAAGAGCCGAAAAAGAACGAAAAGAGAAGGAGGAAGAGGACAAGAAGAACGACAGCAUGGAAACGGACAAGGAUGAUAAGGAUGAGGACAAGGACAAGAGCGAAGACGGAGGAAAGGAAGAGGAAGACGAGAAGGAAGAAGCUCAAGAAAACGGUGUGAAAACUGAAGAGAACGCUGACGCAGCGGUAGAGGUGAAGGCAGAACCAACUGAAACUGAAGCAGAAGAAAGUAAAGCUGAAUGCGAGACCAAGGAAGAAAUUGUAACAGGAGACGUGUCCGAGGUGACUGAAGAGCAAGUGAUGCUCGGAGCCACACUCGACAAGAGGGUCAAGUUUGUUAUCAGGCACACAGUGGAAGAAGAGUUAGACGGCACCGAGGCCUGCCUCGUGCCGGGCUAUGUGUUCAUAUCUCAGGCCGACCUAGUCGAAGGGCCUAGGCGACCUAACUCUAACGCCGAGUGCGAGGUGAUCCUCAUGGUGGGUAUGCCCGGCGCGGGCAAGACGUACUGGGCGCGCAAGCAUUGCGCCGAAAACCCGGACAAGCGGUACAACAUACUGUCCACCGGCGCGCUCUUCGAUAAGAUGAAGGUGGACUGCAAACCCUUCCGCUCGACAUACGAAGGCCGGUGGGACGCCAUGGUGUCGAAGUGCGCUAAAUGCGUGCUUAAACUGUUAGAAACUGCUAAGGGCAGACGCAGAAACUUUAUUCUAGAUCAGACGAACGUGUACCCGUCGGCGCAGCGGCGCAAGCUGCGCGAGUUCGAGGGGUUCCGGCGCGUGGCCGUGGUGCUGGUGCCGCGCGCCGACGAGCUGGCGCGCCGCCAGGCCUCGCGCGAGACCGCCGACGGGAAGGAGGUGCCCGACCCCGCCGUGCUCGACAUGAAGGCGAACUUCAGCCUCCCCGAGAAGGGUAACUGGGUGGACGAGGUGAUAUUCCCGGAGCUCGGUGAGGAGGAAGCCAAAGCGGUGAUUGAGGAGUACCACAAGGAGGCGCGCGCCGCGGGAGUUGUGAGGGAGAAGGAGAAGAGGGAGCGCUCCGCCGCGAGGGACGCACCGCCCGCCAAGAGGCCGCGCUCGGCCGAGAGGAGGCGUCCCAGAGACGAUAGGAGGAGGGAGCAUGGAAGGGAUAGAGACCGCUGGAGCAGCGGCGGCAGCAGGUGGGGUCCCGGGGGCAUGGCAGGAGCCGGCGGUGGGGCCCCGCGGGGUGGCCGCUGGGGCCCCGCGCCGCCGAGGGACCGGCCCGCGCCCCAGCCGGGACGGUUUGAUCGAUGGCCACAAGGGAACAGGAAUGACUUUGGUCGUGAUCGCGACUUCCGCGGUCGUGGACCCGGCGGGCCCGGAGGCCCUGGUGGUCCAAUGGGACCGGGCAUGGGGCCCAUGGGCCCCGGCCCGCGGCAGGACAGAGGCCCGCGGGGGCCUAUGGACAACAGGUUCGGGCCGAACCGCGAUCGCCCGCAGAACAGGCCGAACCAGGCGGACAAACGACCGCCCGGUGCGCCGGGCGCGAUGGGCGCGGGCGGUGCGGGCGGCGCGGGCGGCGCGGCAGGCGGCGCGGCGGGCGGCGCGGGCGCGGGCGCGGGCUCGUGGCAGCGCGGCUCGCAGGCGGGCGGCCCGCGCGCGCACCGCGCGGGGCAGCCGCCGCGACCCAACAACCCCAAGGAUGGCAACAACCAAGUGCAGAACCCGAUUCAAAAUCAGGGCGCGAACCAAAACCAAAACCAGAAUCAGAAUCAACAGGGUUGGAACCAGUGGGCCGGCGGCUGGGGCGGAUGGGGAAAUUGGGGUAACCAGAACCAAGGCUGGGGUAACUGGAAUAACUGGAACAACUGGGGCAACAAUCAGGGGCAAGGAAACAACGCCAAUCAGCAACAGGGGCAGCAAGGCAACAAGGGGCAACAGGGCCAGCAAGGGCAACAGGGCCAACAGCAGUGGUCGAACAACUACGCGGCGCAGCAGUGGUACCAGUGGCAACAGUGGCAACAACAGCAACAGGGCUGGCAGGGGUACGGUUCGGGUGCCGGUGGACAACAAAGCGCAACGCCCGCGGAUCAAGCGCAAGCCUGGGCGCAAUACUAUCAGAACUACGGUGCCGGUAACGCGGCGGCGGCAAGCACGACACCCGGAGCUAUCGAAAAGAAGUAAAUCCGUUGCCGAGAUCUGCCCUGACAUUCUGACGUACCAAACAACAGACAGACACAUCACAUUCUAUAUCAAAUAUAAAGUUAUUAUAUACAGCGUAUUCUCAGACCUAUUGAAUGUACACUAAAAAUUGUUUUUAAGUAUUUAAUGUAUGAUAUAGAUAUGUUCAACGUUCAUGUGUUUAAAAUUUUUUGCACUUAUAUAUUCAUAUAUACACUGUUGCAGCAAUAAUAUCGAUAAAAACAAUAUACUGUCUGUCUGUACUUAAUUAAAUUUAGACGGUUUUGAAAGCACUUGUGUCGCAUUCACGAAAAAAAAAUCACUUGUAUUUUUAUAUAAAUUUCUUAUACACUUGUCUCAGUGGAGGUAGAUUCGCAAGUUUAUUAAACUUUGUAAAUAUAUUUCGCUUGAAGUUCGCGGUUUAUCUUCGCUCGAUACUAAAUAGAGGUGACUGUUUGGAUUUGAUUUACGACGCAUGUAAGUAUUUCGUUCGAUUUAUCAAUAGAUAUAAUAUAUAACUGUUGUUUCUUUUUUCAUGUUUUACAUAAUAUUGGAUUUUAAACGAGACUAAUGUAAAGAGCGAAGACAGUAGAUGAAAAUCAUUACUGUAAGUUAGUUAUUAAAGGCAUUAUUAACGCAAAAUAAGGUUUUUUUUUUAAUGUUAAGAAAUGUCUGUUUUUCAAUCUGAUUGAUGAAUGCUUGAGAUAUGUGUAAGCGAAGGCUUUGAGUACGUGUGUACAAAGGUAGCGUUAAGUUCCGACGUCAUUACUGAUGCAAUUUUAUUACAUUUAUUGAUUAAGGAA